AAAUCGACGGCACCCAAUAAAAUGCUAUGCUCUGCCGCCUCCACCGCGGCGCUCUGCUAUUCGAUCAGUUGCUGAAAUGUCCUCGCAAACUCAUGCUGCUCCGACGCUUUCAACGGUUACUAUCUCCUACGAUCAAUUGAAGGAUACAAGUGCUGAUUUAUCGGAUAAAAUAGAGCUCGGAUUUGGCCCCAACGGCCUCGGAAUUCUCUCCGUAUCGAAUGUGCCAGGUUAUCAAUUACUGCGUCGAAAUCUUUUAUGCCUUGCACCUAGAUUAGCUAGCCUACCGGAAGAUGUAAAGCGGCAACUUGAAGAUCCUAUCAGUAGGUACAAUUUUGGAUGGAGUCAUGGAAAAGAAAAACUUGAGUCCGGAAAACCAGAUACGUUAAAGGGAUCAUUCUAUGCCAAUCCGAUACUUGAUGUCCCCACAAAUGACCAAUCACUUGUUAAAAGGUAUCCUUCUUACUGUGGACAAAAUAUAUGGCCUCAUGAUGUGUUGCCUGAACUUGAACUGGCCUUUAAAGCUCUUGGAAUGUUGAUACUGGAUGUUGGGUUACUAUUGGCACACCAUUGUGAUCAAUAUACAUCAAAUGGGUUGAAAAAGCAUGAAAAUGGAAGUUUGCAGCAAAUACUUCUUCGAUCUCGAUGCCACAAAGGCCGUCUCCUUUAUUAUUUUCCAUCCCAUGAUUGCACUUCUCUUGUAGAUGGUGAUAGUGGCUCUAUGUCAUCAUGGUGUGGAUGGCAUACAGAUCAUGGUUCCCUUACAGGUCUUACUCGUGCAAUUUUCACGAGGGAUACAGAUACUGCAGAAAUACCUUGUCCAGACAGCAUUGCAGGCCUUUAUGUAAAAACACGUUCAGGUCAAAUAGUCAAAGUGGUGUAUGGGGAAGAUGAAAUUGCCUAUCAAAUAGGUGAAACAACGGAGAUACUGUCAGGAGGUCAACUAUGCGCAACACCACAUUGUGUUCGGGCACCAAAAGGCGAGGUGGCAUCUGGUGUUGAACGUUCUACAUUUGCAUUAUUUAUGCAACCUAACUGGGAUGAAAAGCUUGUUUUUCCAGAGCCGGUGAACAUUCAUGAGUUUAUUAUUCCAAAGGGAUCCAUUUCUUUUGGAGAUUACACCGAAAAUGUGCUGGACAAGUAUUACGACCCCAACGCAUAAAACUGUAAACUCUAUCAUUCAGAAACACAACUGAGUUAUGGUGCCAGGGAGGAUGCGAAGAUUAUAUCAACAUUCUAAAAACAAUAUACAACAUCGUUUUGUCAUUUUGAUAAGUUUUAAACUUAAGUUCAUUUUCAUUGAGACACUACCUCACAAUAUAAAAU